AUGACAGAGGACAGAGAAGUGCCGGUUUAUUACAAGCGAAAAGUAUUCGAUUCGAAUCAUCCGUCUUUCAAAGGGCAAUUUUCUGUCGACUUUAUGGUACCUCCGUCCGUUGACGAUCAAAACAGUUCUCAAACUAGAGAAGACGAAGUACUUCCUGCCCGUACAAAACUAUUCGAGAUUGAGGAAGAUACAGAGUUUCUGUCAACAAAUGCCUACAGCCCGAUACUAAUCUCCCUUCACGGAAUGUCAGGUGGAUCCAAUGAGACAUAUAUACGGCACGUUCUCGCUGCGAUCGGAGCACGGGAUGGGGAAUGGGCAGCUUGCGUUGUUAACUCCAGGGGCUGUGCCGAAUCUAAAUUGACGACGGGGUUUCUUUACAACGGACGGUCUACCUGGGACUUUCGGCAGGUUGUGAAUUGGCUCAAGGAAAAACAUCCAAACAGGCCUCUCUUUGGUGUCGGAUUCUCUAUUGGGGCAAACAUCUUGGCAAACGUAUAUGAAGCUUAUGGUGAAGUGGCAAUGACACAGUACUUGGGCGAGGAAGGCAAAAAUUGCCCGCUUACAGCGGCUGUUUUGGUCUCUAACCCGUGGAAUUUGGAAAUCGCCUCACAUGCUCUUCAGCGAUCUUGGAUCGGGUCCGAGAUUUACGCAAAGACUUUGGGUCGCAAUAUGAGAAAUAUCGUCGAGCGACAUAAAGACAUGAUCGCUGAAACAGUGCCACUCGACCAAGAUUCCAUUCAAAAAAUCAAAUAUGUUCAAGAUUUCGACCGCGAGAUCCAGUGCCCCACAUGGGGGUACCCAACAGAAGAUGCUUACUACCGAGAUGCUUCUUCUGCCAAUGUAGUACUUGCUAUUCAAACUCCGUUUCUAGCAAUUCAAGCGGAGGACGAUCCGAUCUCGACAAAAGACGCGAUCCCGUUUGCAGAAAUUCGGGAAACCCCAUUCGGCGUACUAUGUGCAACAUCUGGUGGGGGCCACCUAGGUUGGUUUGAGACAAGAGACGAACGUUGGUUUGUGAAGCCGGUGCAUAAGAUCUACGUCCUCUCACCAACCUUUGGCUAA